GACGACAAGCCGUCUCUACAGAAACUAAAACUAUAAAACAGAGGAGGGUAGGCCAUCACUAUCUAGGCAUCACUACCGGAAUGGAAUCGUCGUCUUCGAUUGCCUCGCGGAGGUCAAAGAGACAGAGUCAAGAGAAGUUCUUAUCGAAAGUAAUUUUGCCAGCAAUACGGGGGCAGUCAUGUCCAGUAUGCUUAAAAGAUUUUGGUGGCGAAGAAGAUUACCGAAGAGUUGCGGUGAUUAGGGUUUGCUUACACGCGUAUUGUCUCGAUUGCAUCCGCAAGUGGAGCGAUAUCAAGCGGAAGUGUCCUCUCUGUAAUUCGGAGUUCAAUUCUUGGUUCUGUAGAAUCAUUCUCUCCACUCGAAAUUUCUCGACGGAGAAAUUACCGGUGGUCAGGGAGAGCAGAAGGGUCACUCCGCUAGAUAUCUUGAGCUCUAGGCAACGAGCUGGAUUGAAUGUUGCUAAUCGGAGAAGUAGGCCAUUACCAUGCCGGCGAAGAUUUGGACAGCCAAUGCCAGGAUCAGUGGGUUCUGAUGUUAUUGCUCAAAGAAAGCUUCAGUGGCGUGCUAGCAUAUAUAAUCAAAGAUUGCAUGCUGUUCCUAUAUCUUCGAGGAAUUGCCUCAAGCAGAUUAUAUCAAGAAAUGGUUGCAUGAAACAAAGGAUACUGCACAGGAUAGAACCAUGGAUUCAAAGGGAGCUACAGGCGAUCCUUGAGGACCCAGAUCCAUCUGUCAUUGUUCAUCUUGCCUCCUCUCUUUUUAUUGCAAGCCUUGAACGCAGGUCUGAUGUUCAGUCAGAUCAGCUUGGUGUUGAAGACCACUUUCUUGAACCACUGCGACGUUUUUUGCAUGGUUGGACCAACACGUUUUGGCAUGAACUAAGAUGUUUUGCAGAAAGCUCGCUUACCAUGGAAACUUAUGACAUGGUGGUUGAAUAUAAACGAUCAGACUAAGUGUGGAACUGGGACUUGGGACUUUCAUUUGUCUUUAGCAUCAUUGCACCUCGAGGAGCACUUAAUUUAUGCUAGGAGCCUGACUGCCUGAGGCAUCGAGACUGCUAAUUGAAAGCUGUUUGUGGUUUUACAUGUAAUUCACCUGGAUGAUUUCUCAAACAUUUACAUUUUGCUCAAUUGCAUGAAUAAUCAGCUUGCUGCUGGAGAAUGAGCCAAAUUCUGUUGGGUUAAGACGCCGGAAUGGAGGGUGGAAAUGUGAGAUGCAACAUGGAGAUGCAAUGCUGAAGAUCUUACCAGCGGUAAAAGUUAGAGCAGGGUUCUCUAGGAAAGGAUAAGGAUACAGAAAUGAUGUGCUGGUCCUGCCAAGUAAUUACAUUGAAUUUGCAGUUUCUCAAUGGUCUCCCAUGGAAUGGGCUGCUCUUCCUUGUAUCAAGGCAGGCGGGGAGGGAACGGGUUGGACGAGCAUUCCACCUGCUAGGUCUUUGCAUGAAUGCAAAUCAUUUAUUGUAUCUCCAAAGAAGAAAAGCCUUGUGAGAAUACACCAUUUGCUCUGGAAAGACUGAUCAUGUUGAAUUAUUGAUAACAUUUACGCAUACAUGCGUCUAGCUUUUUGGUACAUUAUUCACCGAAGAGAAUCACAUGAAA